GACAGGGAAGUCCCGCCCCGCAGGUCGGGGCCGGGGUUGCCCCGAGGGCUGCGACCGCCGCCUUCCAGUCGCGGGGACCCGUCCCGGGAGGGCGGGAGGCGCCGAGGCGGACCAUGCCCUGGUCGCCCCGCGCCGCUCUCCUGCGGGACCUGGUCUUGGGCGCGCUGGGCACCGCCGCCUUCCUGCUGGACCUGGGCGCCGACCUGUGGGCCGCCGGGCAGUACGCGCUCCGCGGCCGCUACCUGUGGGCCGCGCUGGUGCCUGCAGGGACUGCGGCAGGGGCUGCUGGUGUGGCAGCAGGCGAAGCCCUCCGAGUUCGACUUGGCCUACGCCGACUUCCUCUCCCUGGACAUCAGCAUGCUGCGGCUCUUUGAGACCUUCUUGGAGACGGCGCCACAGCUCACGCUGCUGCUGGCCAUCGUGCUGCAGAGCGGCCAGGCCGAGUACUACCAGUGGUUUGGGGUUGGCACGUCCUUCAUGAGCAUCUCGUGGGCACUGCUGGACUAUCACCAGGCCCUGCGGACCUGCCUUCCCUCCAAGCCCCGGCUGGGCUGGGCCGCUUCUGCCAUCUACUUCCUGUGGAACCUGCUGCUGCUGGGUCCCCGACUCCUCGCUGUGGCCCUGUUCUCAGCUCUCUUCCCUCAGUAUGUGGCCUUGCACUUCCUGGGCCUGUGGUUGGUGCUGCUGUUCUGGGUCUGGCUUCAGCGGACAGACUUCAUGCCAGACCCUGGCUCCGAGUGGCUGUACCGGGCGACAGUGGCCACUAUCCUCUAUUUCUCCUGGUUCAACGUGUCUGAGGGCCACACUUGUGGCCGGGCCACCAUCCACCUGCUGUUCCUCCUGAGUGACAGUGUUCUGCUGGUGGCCACCUGGGUGAUAUAUGGCCCCUGGCUGCCCACUGAGAUCUCGUUACACAUAUGGCUGGCUGUGGGAGGCGUCUGCUUCCUUGGGGGUCUGGCUUUGCGCCUGGGCUACUACCGCUGGCUGCACCCUAGCUGCCGCUGGGAGCCUGAUCCGGUGGCUGGAACCCGGGUGGAUGGAUUCCGGAGUCUCUUUCCGUGUGAACCUUAUCAGCAGCUUCGGAACAGACGCAUGACUCAGUUGGCUAGGAACUUUUUCCCUAAAGCUAAGGAGGAGGGUGUUUUGCCAAGGAAGGGAGAGGUGAAUGGGGUCAUUUAGGCAGCACAGACCCAGUGACAAGGGGUUCACCGUGUGAACAAAAUGAGAAGGGCUGGCACUAGAGGGCCAGGGGUGCCAGUUAUGUACAAGCCAUGUUGGCAGAACGGGAACCUUUCUCAACCAGUAGAGCUGGUGCACCCAGAACUUGCCCUUGUUGGUAUUUUCACCACUCUGCCACCUCUCAAGAGGUGGAAGUGCUGUCCCACCUUUUGCUUCCUCUAUCCUGGGCUAAAAGGCCCCAGGAGUUCUCCAGAGCCCUUCCCUGCCCCACCUCAUUCAUUUAAUUUAUUCAACAAAUGUUUACUGAAAGCACUUUAUGUGCCAUGAAGAGUAUUGUAACCUUGGACCCAGCUGCCACCCUAGCUUCGCUCCCUACCUGGUUGAACCAAUCCUGGGUAGAGCGCAAAGGCUGGAGGCCAGGACUCCCAACUCUGGGUAGCCUGUCAGUCCCUCCAGGGUGUCUGUGCAGCUGGCCCGGCUCUGCCCCUGUUCUCCAGGGGCUGUCUUUCAACCAAGUGCCUUGUGGACCUGUGGUCUGGGCCUUGCACAGCCUGUUGAGUAUUUUUGUUCUUUAGCCAGUGUACCUUCUACCUCAGAGUCCAUUCAGAUGAAGGGAAUAUGUCUCUGCAAGUGAAGACGCAUGUACAUGUUUGAUAGUAUUAUAAGGUUAUUAUUAAAACCUCGCAAAAUCCUCCAGUCUGUGUCAUUAAAAAAAAAAAAAAAUCUACCACUCCUGGAGAGAAGAGGCAGGGACAUGAAAUUCUUUGAAAUUGGUGAAGGCCUUUGGAGCAGAUAAAGAAGGCUGUGCCUUGGUGGCGGGACAUGGGGGAAGGCUGCCUUGGGUGUGACUUUUCCUCCUUGUUUUCUAAGUUGCAGGUGCUAGGUGGAUUCCAGUGCAUUCUCUUGCUACGAGCUCUGCUGCUGGGCCGGGCAGGGGUAGCCAUAAGCAUCUCUGGGACUAAGAAGUGUGAGAGACCAGGUGGACAAUGAUGUCUUACUUUUCUCAUUGCUGGGACAAAAUACCUGACCCCCACAAAUUAAAGAAGGAAAGGUUUAUUUUGGUUCACAGUUUACAGAGGUUUCAGUCCAUAGUCUGCUGGCUGCAAGGCCUGGUGGCCUGGUAGAGGACAAAACAGUCCAUAGUAUGGCAGGCGGGAGGCAGUUAAGCAGCAAGCAGCAGCGGCAACAAAGCAAGUCUCCCUUUCCCUUUUAUCCCAUCCAGGCUACAAGGCUUUUAGGUGGUGCCACUCAAACCCCAGGGUGGGUCUUACUAUCCACACCAAGAACAACCCUAAACCAGUCUGUGCUAACCCAGUUAUCACACCUUAAUGCACAUUACAUGCUCUUAGUCCACAUUCACACACCUUCAAUCCAGCUCCCCAAAGCUCCACUUAUGAGUGCAUGAGGCUGUGUGGGGACAUCUAGACACAAACCAUAAUAGCCUGUCAGGAGCUCUAUGAAGUUGGUGGCAAGGUGGUGUACGGGAUUCUGGUGAAAUUCCAGGAAGGGUGAAUCUCCCUGCUUGGGAGGUGUAUGGUUUGAAGAAAAAAUAGGGAUGGGGCGCUGGAGAAGGAAAAGGUUUCAGUCACCACUGAUGGGAUUCACGGUAGUUCUGUCAUUUGUUGCAGUGGAGACAGUAAAUAGGAUAAGUAAAGAGUCAGUAUGUCAGGUAGUGUGUGUGAUGUGCUAGGAAGCCGAGAGGGAGGUGUUCUCUUGCCGGGAUUGCCAACAGGGAAGCCUCCCUGAGAAACAGCCUCAGCGGGAGAGCCGGCGAGCCACGUCAGCAGACUGUGGCCUGUGGCCUACAAAUGGGAUAAGGAGCAGAGCCUGGGGUCACCAUUGGUGGCUUGAAUCAUCAUGGAAAGAAUGUGGCAAGCAUUAUCCCGUCUCAUUUUCAUUGCCUCAUACAGAGCAGUUGAUGUGACAGUGAAAUCAGGCCAAAUCAAAAGAGGUUUGGUAUCACUUUGUCAGUUUUAUUGCUUUCGUGAUUUAAGCCCAGCAAGCAUUGACUUCUCAUUUAUUAAAGUUCAGCACAUUUGACAGCAAAUGAAAUCUCAUUCCAGUUCUAAAUCUUAAAAAGCAGUGUCUCUUAGAAACAAUUCAGAAAUAAAUGCUCCCUUGCAAAUUA